AUGGAUGUACAGAAUCAGACCACAGUGACCGAAUUUAUCCUGACCGCCUUCCCUGCUCGCCAGAAGCUUCAGAUUUUCCUCUUCAUGGCCCUCUUGUUUACUUACUUGCUCACUCUAACUGGAAAUGGUAUCAUCAUUUCCCUAAUAUGGGCUGAUUAUCGCCUCCAAACCCCAAUGUACUUCUUCCUCAGUAACUUAGCCUUUUUGGACAUUUUAUAUACUACAUCAGUUACCCCCAAACUGUUAUCCUGUCUCCUAGAAAACAGGAAAAUCAUAUCCUUUGCAGGCUGCAUCAGCCAAACAUACUUCUUCUUCUUCCUGGGGACAGUGGAGUUCAUCCUGCUGGUGGUGAUGUCCUUUGACCGCUAUGUGGCCAUCUGUAACCCCCUGCGCUACACCACCAUCAUGAACAGCAGGGUGUGCCUCCUGCUGGUUCUGGGCUGCUGGGUGGGGGCCUUCCUGUCCGUGCUCUGCCCAACUAUUGUGGUGUCCAGGCUGCCCUUCUGCCAAAAGGAGAUUAAUCACUUCUUCUGCGACAUCGCCCCCCUGCUGCAGGUGGCCUGCAUAGACACUCAUUUUAUUGAGAUGAUAAACUUCCUCUUGUCUUCUCUCAUCCUCCUGACCUCGCUGGUGAUCACCACCGUGUCCUACACCUACAUCAUCUCUACCAUCCUGCGCAUCCCCUCGGCCCAAGGGCGUCAGAAAGCCUUCUCCACCUGCGCUUCUCACAUCACUGUCGUGUCUAUUGCCUACGGGAGCAACAUCUUCGUGUAUGUGAGACCAAGCCAGAGUCAUUCCCUGGAAUUUGACAAAGUGGCUGCUGUCCUCACCACAAUGAUGAUCCCUCUUCUGAACCCCUUUAUUUACAGUCUAAGGAAUGAAAAGGUAAAGGAAGUUUUGACACAUGCAGUCAACAAAAUUAUAUCCUUAUUUCCCAGGAAACCUUGA